AUGCGUGUUCAGCAGCUCUCUGUUCUCGGCGCCCUUGCUGCUACGGUGAACGCCUGCCAGCAUGACUUCAAUGUGGUCGCCCGGCACACCCACCGUCAGCGCGUCGUUAAGCGCAACGACCAGUGGCCGCCGAUUUUGGAUGAUCAGGAAACACUUCUGGUCAAUGCGUUUGAUAAUGUAACCAUCGAUGAGUGGUCCCACUACUACGGCUAUCAGCAAAAGCUCGCUGGUUAUGGCAAGGAAGCAGCCCAGUGGACGGCAGACCGCUGGAAUGAGAAUGGCUUCGAAUCGCAUCUCAAAGAGUACCACGUCUACUUCCGAUACCCCGUUAGCGCGGAUUUGCAGUUUACAGGUGCCGACGGCAAGACCUCGAAGGUUAAAAUCGAAGAAGACGUCCUCGAGGAGGAUGAAGUCACCGGCUUCGAAGGGAUUUCGCAACAAACCUGGCUCGCCUACUCGCCAACAGGCAAUGUCACGGCUGAAUACGUGUACGCAGGUCGUGGAUCUAUUGAUGACUUUGAGAAGCUCGUCGAGCUUGGAGUUGAGAUUGAGGGCAAAAUUGCCCUCAUCAAGUACGGCGGCCUCUUCCGUGGACUCAAGGUCAAGAAUGCUCAGGACUUUGGUGCCGUUGCGGCCGUCAUCUUCACAGAUCCUGGUGAUGACGGCAACAUGACCGUUGCGAACGGUUAUGAAGCAUAUCCUGAUGGACCUGCCAGAAACCCCAACUCCGUUCAAAAAGGCUCUACCCUGUUCCUCUCUACCCAACCUGGAGACCCAACAACUCCAGGCUAUCCGUCCCAUGAGGAUGCUCCGAGAGCUGAUAUCUCCAACGUCGUUGCGAGAAUCCCGUCUCUUCCCGUCUCGUAUCUCUCCGUGGAGCCUCUGCUGAAGGCCCUCGAUGGAUACGGCAUUUCCGGAGAGGUGGUUAAUCGCACAACGUGGGUGGGAGGUCUGGACGCCGACUAUAGCACCGGCCCAGCACCGGGUGUGAAGCUCACGGUGGAUGUUGCGUCUCGCGAAGAGAUAAGACCCAUCCAGAAUGUCAUUGGAUGGAUUAACGGAACCAAUGCCGACGAAACCAUCGUGAUUGGAAAUCAUAGAGAUACAUGGAUGAUUGGAGGCAAUGGUGACCCCAACUCAGGCUCAGCUAUUCUGGUCGAAUUCACUCGCGCCAUAAACAAGCUGCGUCAGUCGGGCUGGCAGCCUAAGAGGAACAUUGUUCUCGGCUCCUGGGAUGCUGAGGAAUGGGGUCUCAUCGGAUCCACCGAGUGGGUUGAGGACCAUACUGACUGGCUCACUGAAACUGCGGUGGCAUAUCUGAACAUUGAUGUCGCCGUCAGUGGCCCGCGGCCAAAUCUCGCAGCUACGCCUGAGCUUCACACCCUCGCGACCGAGACCAUGAAGAAGGUCAUUCAUCCCAACUUUGGAGGGUACAAUAUCUCGCUAUUUGAAGCGUGGUAUGAAGCAUCUGGCGGAGAAGUCGAAGUCCUUGGCUCUGGCUCCGACUACACCUCUUUCCUCCACCGAGGCAUCAGCUCGUUUGACGUUGGAAGCUCAGGCGGCGCGAAUGAUCCGAUUUGGCAUUAUCAUUCCAACUACGACACGUACCACUGGAUGUCGACGUUUGGAGAUCCUGGAUUCCACGUCCAUGCUUCGAUGGGCCAAUAUCUUGCCCUUGUGGCAUAUCAUCUGGCUAGCGACGAUAUCCUUCCUAUCGAUACUCAAAACUACGCUGUCGAGCUUCGCGCUUACUACGAUGACCUUGUGGAGUAUGCCGAAGAGCAAGGUGCUGAGCUUGAUCUCUCAGAGCUUGACGCGGCCAUUAAAGUGUUCAAGAAGAGUGCCGAUGAGGCCAAGGCCCUUGAGCUUCUGGCAGUUGAGCGCGGGGAUGACGAUCUCAAAACCAUCAUCAAUCACAAGUACCGUGAUUUCCAGCGUGGCUUUAUCUCCCAGGGAGGACUUCCCGGUCGCGAGUUCUACAAGCACGUCGUCACUGCCCCCGGCCUCGACACUGGCUAUGCCGCUGUUACUUUCCCCGGAGUGACUGAGGGUAUCCAAUAUGCCAAGGAUGGUAACUUUGAGGUGGCCCAGGGGUGGGUGAGCAAGACUGCUCGUGGGAUUAUUGUUGCUGCAAAUAUCCUCAAGGUAUAA